CUUGAGGUUUCGAGCAGUGUCUAUCCUCUAGCUUAAGACCAAUCAGACUUGAUCUACAUACCAAUCAGAUCAUACGCAUCUGGAGCUAGACUCGGUCUUCACUGCUGAGAUUGACACCACUGCGCAGUAUUUUGCCAGCGGCUUCGACGACAUCAUCAUCAUCAUCAUCAUCAUCAUCAUCAUCAUCAUCAUUGCGACGCGAUCCGUGGUUUAAACAAAAACCAAUCUCGACCUUGUACAUACAAUCCUAUCUUCUGUUGCCAUCAUCAUGUCGCACACACCUACGGAUAAGGAAGAGGGCGCCGAUGUUCCUCAGGAACAGAAAGCCGGAUGGACAAGUUUCAUCAAAAGUCUCGCCCACAUGACGGGCGAUUUGUCCAGUAUGACAGCUCCUCCAUUCAUUCUGUCGCCUGUCUCGUUGACUGAAUUCCCCGCGUAUUGGUGUGAACACCCUGAAUUGUUUGCACGGAUCUCUGAGGGAUCGUCCCCUCAAGAUAGGAUGGAGAGGGUUCUAAGAUGGUUUAUCGCUACUCUCAAGGGACAAUACACUACUCGAAAUGAAAAGAUGGGAUCGGAGAAGAAGCCUUUGAAUCCUGUCCUCGGAGAGCUCUUCUUCGGCGUUUGGCCAGAUAAGAAUGGACGCGGAGAGACCCGGCUCAUGGUCGAGCAAGUCUCUCACCAUCCCCCAAUCACCGCCUACCAUAUCGAGAACCAGAAGGCUGGUGUUUCCCUUCAGGGACAUUCGGGUCAGAAAACCUCGUUCUCUGGAACCGCGAUCCAUGUCAAGCAGUCCGGACACGCAAUCCUCACGGUCAAGCCCAAGAACGGAGAUCGAGAGGAGAAGUACCUCAUCACGCUUCCCAAACUCCGAAUCGAAGGCGUCAUUUGGGGAUCCCCUUACGUCGAGCUCGCGGAUUCUAGCGCUAUCCAGAGCAGCACGGGAUUUACUGCUGCUAUCGACUACAAGGGCAAAGGCUACUUCUCCGGCAAAUCCCACACGUUCAAAGCCACUCUCACUCAAGAUGGUCACAAGAACCUCCAGACGUACGAGGGACAAUGGACUGGCGUGUCUCACGCAGGCAAGCAAGUCUUCUUGGAUACCUCCGCUCCUAAGGAAGAGGUGGUCGUCAAGCCCAUCUCUGAGCAGGGCGAAUGGGAAAGCAGACGAUUGUGGGAAAAGGUCGCAAGGGGAAUCAGAUCCGGCAACUAUGAUGAAGCCGCCAAGGAGAAGACUCGAAUUGAGAAUGAACAACGACAAAGGCGCAAGGAUGAGGCUGCUGGUGGAACCUCAUGGGAUCUGAAGUUGUUCGAACAUGUUGAUUCCGACGAAGAAUAUCGCAAAUUGGCAGACAUGCUACACGACAAGCUUACUCCUCCUCACGAGGAUGGAUUCGUGUUCAAGGGCUGAAAGUUAUGCGUAGAGUCAUGCUGUCCGUAUACCUUGUACAUCGCGCGAUAUGCAAUAGGGACUAAUAGCG